AUGUCGCAACAACAUUAUCCUAUGCCAGAUCUAAUAAAUUACGCUCCUCCUCCAACCUCACCUAAUUCGACCCAUCCAUACACGCAUACUAGUCAAGGAAAUUAUUAUAUGCCAGAUCCAAUAUAUUAUGCUCCCCCUCCAACCUCAUCUAAUUCGAUCCAUCCAUACACGCAUACUAGUCCAGGGAAAACCUCAACUUACUACAAUGAUAAUGAAAGACCACCAUCAUAUGAACCACAAAAUACAUCUUAUGUGCCACCGCAAAGUGGUUAUCAACCACCUCCCAGUUUCGAGCAAGCUACGAAUAGUGGUAGUGAUGACACUGAUGUGAGAUUUAAUACAAGGCCCAAACCUCAAGACUUAUGGGCUAUAGUUUUAUUUCUGUUAGAUUUUCUGGCAUUCAUUAUUGUAUCUGCGAUCUCUCUAAGAAAUUACGAGAUCAUACAACGUCAAAGUCGUACACCUGUCGAAAGCGUAACUUUGAAUUGGAGUACUAUUUUGCUUUUAGCGUUUUGUGUUGGAAUCGGAUUCGUGCUAAGUACAGGCUACUUGAUAUUAGCACAUAAGUGGAAGCCAAUGAUUCCAUUUUCUUCUAUCAUGUUGCAGACCAUAACAAGUAUCAUGAAUAGAUAUAAAGCAAUGGUUUUGGCAGCUUUCGUGGGAUUAAUAGUAUAUGUGUUGUAUACGAUAUGGUGGAUUUUUACUUUCAUCGCGGCAUAUCAAGUCUGGUAUCCAGCCGCGUGUAUGCAAACACAAAGAACGCAAGCAAAUUGUCAAACAGGUCCAUUUACAGCCAUUGUCAUAUUCUUAUUAUUUACAUAUUACUGGGUGUCUCAAGUUAUCCAAACUUUUAUUCAUGUUACAACUUCUGGCGUAUUUGCUUCCUAUUACUUCCUUGAAGGAACACCUCAAGGUGUUCCACCUUCACCUACCUUGAAUAGUGCAAAAAGGGCAGCGACCACUAGCUUUGGGAGUAUUUGCUUUGGAAGUUUAUUAGUUGCCAUACUACAAGUUAUUCGUCAACUUUUGAGAUCUCUAGCUCAAGGCACUGAUAAUCCCCUUGGCGCGUUUUUCGCUGCUUGUGCAGCUGCAUUAGUUGGAUAUAUCGAUUCAUUGUUAGAAUAUUUCAAUUUUUACGCGUAUACACAAGUAGCAAUUUAUGGAAAGUCAUUCUGUGAUGCGGCAAAGGAUACUUGGACUAUGAUUAAAGAUCGUGGUGUUGAGGCCAUUAUUAACGAUAACCUUAUAGGUACCGUGAUUAUGAUGGGUUCAUUUCUGGUUGGAAUGAUCACCGCUCUAUUUGGAUAUCUUUACACGAUCAUCUUUCAUCCCAGUUUCAAUGCUGGUGGAGGAUUCACUCCAUUAUUAGUGUUUCUGGCAUUCAUUAUUGGAUUCCAAAUGCUAUCAAUUAUAGGAUCUGUAAUUUUUAGUGGAGCCGCUACAACAUUCGUUUGUUUAGCCGAAAAUCCGGAUGCGUUGGCUAGAACCAAACCAGAUUUAUAUAAUGAAAUCAUCAGGACCUAUCCUGCUUUUGCUCAAGGAAUUCGAGCAUAA